GAGACAAAUUCAGGGAAGAUUUGAGCAAAUCGCACAGGUGAGCUGGACAGGGGUCUUGCAGCCACUAUGAGCUGCACCAUCGAAAAAAUCCUGACAGACGCCAAGACGCUGCUGGAGAGGCUGCGGGAGCACGAUGCCGCCGCCGAGUCGCUGGUGGAUCAGUCGGCGGCCCUGCACCGGCGAGUGGCCGCUAUGCGGGAGGCGGGGACGGCGCUUCCGGACCAGUAUCAAGAGGAUGCAUCCGAUAUGAAGGACAUGUCCAAAUACAAACCUCACAUUCUGCUGUCCCAAGAGAACACACAGAUUAGAGACUUGCAGCAGGAAAACAGAGAGCUGUGGGUUUCCUUGGAGGAACACCAGGAUGCUUUGGAACUCAUCAUGAGCAAGUACCGGAAACAGAUGUUACAAUUAAUGGUUGCUAAAAAAGCAGUGGAUGCUGAACCAGUCCUGAAAGCUCACCAGUCUCACUCUGCAGAAAUUGAGAGUCAGAUUGACAGAAUCUGUGAAAUGGGAGAAGUGAUGAGGAAAGCAGUUCAGGUGGAUGAUGACCAGUUUUGUAAGAUUCAGGAAAAACUAGCCCAAUUAGAGCUUGAAAAUAAGGAACUUCGAGAAUUAUUGUCCAUCAGCAGUGAGUCUCUACAGGAACCUUGAACUAUGCCGUAAGUCACCCCACAAGUCCAUUCAGGAGGCAAGUAACCUAUUCCAUUUGUCAGCCAUGAUCAGGUUUCAGUCAAAAUGAUAAAGUAACCAAGUAGCUCCUUAAGAUAUAAUACGGCGUCCUUGUAUCUGCCUUAUGUUCUUUUUGUGCUGUUUAUAAAGUUCUUUACAUCUCAGGUAUCAAUGAAUCUUCAUGUUAACCUUUCCCCCAAGAAUAUCAAAAGCUUGAAGUAUGAGUCUAAAGAGUUUUCAGUGGCCUACAUAAUAUAAAUUCUGGCUGGUAUUAAUGCUAUCAUGAUAAUGUGUAGUUAGAAAACUGAGUGGGAAAGGAAUGCUCCUCACAUUGACUGGAUUUAAAGUUUCUUUUGUACUAGGCAGUAGAAUUUGGUGUGUAAUAUCUUAGUUCAAAAUUCUUUUUAUUUCAGAUUCAUAUGAGGGUACAAACAGUUCAAAAUUAUCUUUUCUAAUAAAAACCUUAUCUUGAGAAGAUAAGCUAAUUUUACUCAUUAUGGAGUCUAAUUGUUAGGAAGUGCAGGGGAUUUUUUCACGUAUAUAUAUUUACAUAUAUAGCAAUCUUGUCCAGUAGUCACGACAAGGGUUUUGUAAAUAAUUUGUAAUUAGCACAAUAUAUUCAGCACUGUAACUCUACAGAUAGUACCUUAUAUUAGUAAGGUAUUAACUAUAUACAGUAUUUUAUGCAUAAUUAUUAUAUUCCUUUGUAUAAUUCAGAUCAAACAUCAAAGAUCUGUUUCAGUGUUCCUUAAAAUGUGGUUCACAGACCUACUGAAAAUCAAAAUUUGGGGAUGGGAGCCAGGAAUUUGUAGUUUAAUAAUUAUGCCAGAUAUUUCCUAAAAACACUAGUUUAAGAAUGCCUAGUCUGUGUGCAUGCAUUUCAUUAGGAGUUGUGAAUAGAAAAGUAGGAGGAAAAAGUUGUCAUUGUUGCCAAAGAAAAAUCAGGAAAGAGAGACAAGCAAGUAUAUAUAUGAUUACAAUGCAGUGUGCUAAAUGCAGUAAGUAUGUAUAGGACACAGAAGAGGGACUGUUUGUACCAGAGUCCAAUAGAGAUAACAAAUGGGUAGGAAUAGAAGUAGGAAACCUUGGGGCCACAAAAGCCAGUAUGAUGCUAUUGCCAAUAAUGGCUACCAGAAACUGAGCGCUUUACUGUGUGGCAGGUCCUGUAUUAUAUAAUCUCUGUUUCAAUUAUACC